CACAAGUCCCAGGGUCUGGGUAGCUGGGCUGCUAGGAACUGCUCCACGCGGCAGGGAGUGGAGCUCUGUGCAGGGGAGCGGGGGGUCUAGGCGAUAACCAGCGAGGUGGGAGGUGAGGUUUAGUGAUGGCAAAUGGGAAGGGGAGUGGGGUCUGUGGAAGGGAGGGUGUCCAUGACACCCUCUUUCUUGGAAGCUGCGAUCCAUGCUACGGAAAUGCUGAGAGCCACCGGGCUGGAGUCUGUGGGACAUUUCUAACCCCUUCCCCACGUGCCCCAGGGGAAUAUCCCGUCUCUCAUGCUGCAUCCCGUUGGGUUUAUUUUGUGUUUUCCAGAUGCUGAGCUUCUCCAGAGCCCAUCAACAUGGUGCAGUCUGUGGUGGAUUAGUCUGGGAGUGUUACUGGGGAUAUUAGCAUUUGCUUUCCUUCGAAUGUAUUAUCCUUCCUUGCGGAAACUGUGGCUGAACAAAAAGUCACCUCGAAGUGAGUCCCAGCAGACUGCGUCCAACCAUAAAAAAGACGAAGAGGAGAACAAACAUCUGCUCCGGGCAUCCUCGUCAACCUCUAUGGAGCCAGGAGUGGCCAAUCCCACCCACAGUCCACCUGCGCAUUCCUCCCCGGGGCAGACUGCCAAAGACAUGGGAGAACCAAGGCCUGCUCCUGGAUUUCAAAUAGUACCUACAUUGAUUUCUAUAAUGCAGCAGAAGGCUUUGGAACACACCAGGUUAAAUAUCGCCAUUAUGGGAGAGCGAGGCUGUGGAAAAUUGUCCUUCAUUAACGCCAUGCGGGGGCUAUGUGAUGAAGACGAAGGUGCUGCCCCAGUUGAGGAGGAAGAAAUUAUGAUGAAGCCAACAGCUUAUCAGCAUCCCAAACACCCGAGUGUGACUUUCUGGAGACUGCCGAUAAGUGGGACAGAAGAUGUUCAGCCAGAGGCAUAUCUCCAGCAGGUGAAAUUUGUCCUCUACGACUUUUUCAUCAUCAUGUGUUCAGAGGGAUUCACACCUAAGCAGGUUGAGCUCGCCCAGGAGAUCCGGAAGGCAGGGAAGAUGUGUUACUUUGUGCGCUCCAAGGUGGAGGCAGAUUUGGAUUCUGACAGACAUAGCCGGCCCUCCACCCAUGAUGAGGAGGAAAUACUUCACAACAUCCGUAACCACUGCAUCAGAUGCCUGGAAGUGGGAGGGAUGAUGAAUCCUGAGGUUUUCCUCCUCUGUACAUUUCAAUUGGAGAAGUACGAUUUUCCCCUCCUGAGAGCGAGCAUGGAGAAAGCGCUCCCGGGCGACAAGAAAAGGGCUUUGAUACUGGCCCUGCCCAACUCCUCUCUGCAAAUCUUGCAAAAGAAAAAGGAAGCCCUGCAGAAGCAGAUCUGGAAAAUAGCCCUUGUGUCCUCUCUUCUCACGGUUAUUCACAUGCCCGGUGUCUCCACCAUUAUUGACGUAACCAUCCUGCUGACAUGCAUGAGAUAUUAUUGCCAGGUCUUUGGCCUCGAUGAUGUCUCCUUCAUGGCUCUCGCGAGGCAGUUUGGCAAACCAGCGGAAGAGCUGAAGGCCAUUAUGAAGCCCCUGCUGGCCAAGGAAAUUAGCAUUAACGUGGUCUUGCAGCUCCUGUCCUCGGUUGCGUGCGGCAUAUUCAUAGGAACUGAUUUGUCUCUGUGGCCUUUAGGGGUGCUAGGAUUCAUGGUGUCUGGAGGAGUUGUAGGGCAAGGGCAACUGCUGUAG